UAGUAGCUAUUUGAGUCCCAUCGCAGCUCUUCUCACUCUCCUUUUUAUCACUCUUCUACUUCCCUCCCGACAACCACUCGGCGGCGGAGGCUAUCGGAGCUGUAACAAUGGCCUUCAUCAAAGUCCAGAAGACAAGAGCUUACUUCAAGCGAUUCCAGGUCAAGUUCAAGAGAAGAAGAGAGGGCAAGACCGACUAUCGUGCUAGGAAUCGGUUGAUCAAUCAGGACAAGAACAAGUACAACACUCCAAAAUACAGAUUUGUUGUCCGAUUUACCAACAAGGAUAUAAUUGCACAAAUUGUAUCUGCUAGUAUUGCUGGUGACAUGAUUCUUGCUUCUGCUUAUGCCCAUGAACUGCCUCGUUAUGGCCUUGAGGUUGGCCACACAAAUUAUGCUGCAGCUUACUGCACUGGACUUCUCUUGGCUCGGCGACUUCUCCAAAAGCUUGAAAUGGCUGAAGAGUAUGAAGGAAAUGUUGAGGCCACUGGAGAGGAUUAUUCUGUUGAACCUGGUGAAGGCAGGAGGCCUUUCCGUGCUCUUUUGGAUGUUGGUCUAUUACGAACUACCACUGGGAAUCGUGUUUUUGGUGCUCUUAAGGGUGCACUAGAUGGUGGACUUGACAUUCCUCACAGUGAAAAAAGGUUUGCGGGAUUCAGCAAGGAUUCCAAACAACUUGAUGCUGAGGUUCACCGCAAGUACAUCUAUGGAGGCCAUGUUGCUGCAUACAUGAGGAAUCUGAUUGAAGAUGAGCCUGAAAAGUACCAGUCUGUAUUUAGUGCAUACAUUAAAAAGGGUAUUGAUGCCGAUAACCUUGAGCAGUUGUACAAAAAGGUUCAUGCGGCAAUCCGCGCUGAUCCCAGCGCAAAGAAAUCUGAGAAGCAGCCUCCUAAGGAACACAAGAGGUACAACCUUAAGAAGCUAACUUAUGAAGAGAGGAAAGCUAGUUUGAUCUCGAGACUGAAUGCCCUAAAUGCUGCUGCUGGAAGAGACGACGACGAUGAUGAUGAGGAUGAUGAUGAGUGAAUGACACAUUCCGAAAACCUGAAACCAUAGUUUGCAUCUUAAUUUCUGAGUAUUUUCACCUGCAUCCAUUACAGUUGUAGUCUUUUAUGGAGAUUUAUUAGUUUACGAGGGUGAGUUUUUACCAACUUGAUGUUUCAUCUUGACGUUGCUAGUACAAGGAUUUUUAAUGAUCUUGAUUUAUUUUGAAUUAAAUAGAACCCUUCGAUUUUAUUCUCAUGAA